UGAAAGAAAUGCUACUGGGUGAUGGGUUUUAGCAGCCCUAAAGGGAUUUCUUUCUUCAAUGGAGGCGGAGGCGCCAGGCUUGCCGCUAGGAUCCACUACCACCGUUCGCUACAGCCAGCAUUUCGAAAAGGCAAGCGAUUUGAAGCUACUAGAGGUUGAUGAAAGCGUCGUGCAAGAGCUUCUUCAAUCCAGGCUGAGCAUAAAAGGAGGUGUGGAGGAGGAGGCGGUUCUUUGCACUUCCAGGACGACAUACGCUCUAAAGUUCGUCUCGACUUCCAACACAAUGCUGCUGGUUCCUCCAGGAGAAGCUGGCGAUGGUGGAAGUGGCGGCGCUCUUCACGUGAUUGCCACGGCGGGAGGACAUAUGGAGCUUGUGGAGAUAGCUCCCAGAAUAGAUCAACUCAAGGUACUCGUCGGUUCUAGGCCUUACACGGAAGACAGCGAGAACGAGACCGUAGAUGGUCUUUACUCGUGGGAAGAUUUGCUGGACAGCGUCCAGGCAAGCGAAGAGCAGCUCAAGGAUGGGCUUAGAGCUCUUGCUGCAGCGGAAAUAGGUGGUUUUUGGAGGACUGUGGAUCCGAAGUACACGAAGGGACUGCUAGAGAUGAUCCUGGUGACUGCCAUCCAACAGGACUGGAGUUUGAGCUUGCUGCCGCUGGAAGAAUUGGUGGCUGUGCUCGAGGGCGAUGGAUACCCGGCUCAGCUAGUCCGGCACUGCGUAGCAACUUUUGGUGUGGAGGAGCCAUCGUCCUCUUCGUGGAAGCUGGACGAGAAACGGAUCUGUUUGCACUACGCGAGGGAGCUCUUGUCGAGCACAGGGAGAUGGAAGACGAACGAGUUCCUUGAAGCGUGGCAAAGAGCACUGCCGCCGGGAAUGAAAGGAGAGCUGGAAAUGCUCCGGGGUGAGGCGCUGGUUACCAGGCUUGGGUCCGACUCGUGGCUGCACCGCUUUAGCUCGUCCUCUCUGCCUACGCAACCGGAUGCUCGAUUUGCAGCCUUGUUCAAGGAAAGAUCGAAGUGGGAGUGGAACGAUCUCGAGCCUUACUUGAGGGACGUGAGGAUCCCAGGACAAACUGUGGAGUCGAUGCUGCUGAAGUAUACAAGGAAGAUACAGCCCUCUGCCGAUGCUCGACCCAUCUACACUCCACGAUAGACCAUGAGUUCAUCGCAAAACUUCG